CAGCGGUGGGCGGACCUAAGGCUGGGCGCUCGGCUCCGCUCCCGCCUGUAGCGCAGGCAGCCGCCCGCUCCCCCCGCCACUCGCCGCCGAGCCGAGCCCGCUGCAGUCCUCUCCGGGCGGCAUGCCCGUGGCCCGAGGAGCAGCGGCUGGAACUGGACGCGCCGAUCUCCGCCGAGCAGCCGGCCAGGGCUCCGGUCAGAACCUCUCGCUUCCUGUCGGGAUGAAGGGGCUUCUCCAGAGCGGGGUGUCGGAGCCUGGCGCCCGCCCGUGAAGCGCCGAGGCCGGGCGGCGGCACCUGCUGUGCCCGGGGCCCCCCAUGGGGCGGCGGCGCCGGGGCCCCUGAUCGCUCCGCCCGCUCCGCCAGCCGACCGGCCCGCGCCGCCCAGUUCCCCGCCAUGGGCCGCCUGCCGCUGCUGCUGCUGGCCCUGCAGCUGCUGGCCCUGCUGCUGGCCGCGCCCGCCGCCGGGCCCCCCCGAGCCAAGGGCAACCGGACGCAGGGCGCGGCCCGCCGGCCGCCCCGCCCGCCCAAGGAGCUGAACCAGACGCUGGCCGGGCCCGGGGCGGCGGCAGCGCCCGUGGCGGUGAGCGGGGGCGGCGGCGGGACGGCCCCGGGCCCGGCUUACGAGACGUGCUGGGGCUACUACGACGUGAGCGGGCAGUGGGACAAGGAGUUCGAGUGCAACAACAGCCAGAGCGGGUUCCGCUACUGCUGCGGCACCUGCUACUACCGCUUCUGCUGCAACAAGCGCGCCGAGAAGCUCGACCAGGGCCAGUGCCGCAACUACCAGAGCCCCGGCUGGAUCACCACGCCCGGCCUGCGCCCCGCGCCGCCCGACGGCAAUCAGCCCGACAAGUACGACCCGGCCAAGGACAGCACCAACGCCACGGUCUACAUCUCCUGCGGCGCCGUGGCCUUCGUGCUGGUGGCCGGCGUCUUCGCCAAGGUGGCCUACGACAAGGCGCGGCGCCCGCCCCGGGAGAUGAACAUCCACAGGGCUCUGGCAGACAUCCUAAGGCAGCAGGGGCCAAUCCCAAUAGCACACUGUGAAAGAGAGACUAUCUCGGCCAUAGAUACCCCUCCCAAAGAAAACACGCCUGUCCGAACAUCCUCCAAAAACCACUACACCCCUGUGCGCACCUCUAAAAGCAAUCCAGGUCACUAUGGGAAGGAUAUUUAUCGAAGUGGAGGGCCAGAUCUCCAUAAUUUCAUCUCCUCCGGGUUUGUCACAUUAGGAAGAGGACACGUGAAGGAUGACCAAGAACAAAAUUAUAACCACCUGAUACUAAACAGUGCAACCCAGACACCUACAAAUGAAAAACCACGGAUGAACAAUAUCCUCACUUCCGCCACGGAGCCCUAUGAUCUCUCCUUUUCCAGGUCCUUCCAGAACCUCUCCCAUCUCCCGCCAUCCUAUGAGGCUGCAGUCAAGACUAACCCAAGUAAAUAUUCUUCUCUGAAGAGAUUAACUGACAAAGAAGCUGAUGAAUAUUACAUGAAGAGGAGACAUCUUCCUGAUCUGGCAGCACGAGGGACCCUCCCUCUCAAUGUCAUCCAAAUGUCUCAGAAACAGACCAACCACAGAGAACGGCCCCGCCGACCCAUACGGGCUAUGUCCCAGGACAGGGUGCUGUCCCCUGAGAGGGUCAUGCCCGAGGAGUUCAGCAUGUCCUAUGAACGGAUCCUCUCUGAUGAACAGCUUUUGUCCGCAGAGCGCCUCCAUUCCCAAGACCCCCUGCUCUCCCCGGAGCGCACAGGUUUCGCAGACCAGUCCAUGUCGCGCGCAUUGUCACACACAGACGUCUUUGUUUCUACGCCUGUCUUGGAUCGCUACAGGAUGACAAAGAUGCACUCCCAUCCCAGUGCCUCAAAUAACUUGUACAAUACCUUAUGUAUGAACCAAACUUCCGCCAAGCGCCAAGCAUUCGCCUCCCGACGGCACAACACAGUGGAACAACUGCAUUAUAUCCCAGGACACCACCACCAUUACCGCACAGCGAGCAAAACAGAGGUGACUGUUUGAUAUGACACAGUGCAUUGUAGAUAAUCAGUAAGGACUGGUGUGACCCCAGCACCCCAAACUGCAGUGGCCUUACAGGCCAAGAUAACCUCUAACUGAGUGUCUGAAAAAACUUUUCUGACAGUCACAUCUGCAUUGUUUUUAAAACCAUUCUCAUGUUGUUGACAUAAGAAGAAAAAACGGGCAAUUGGAGAGAAUCCCCAACAUGCGCCAGUUUCUGUCAAAGAAAGCCAUAGCAGUUGGUGGCACCUUCCAAGGGCUUAUCUGCUGUAACUCAUUCGUUUUUAUGAAUUUAGGACUUUUAAACUUCAAUUGCUCCAAGUCUCACAGAGCCCACAGUAGGUUUGCAGCAUCCUAGCCUGGCAGGGUGGGGCCCUGUCACCAUCUCUCACACCAGCCCUUUUGGCCAGUACUGAAUUUUUCAGUGACUACUUAUAUUGCUCUUGGCUGCUAAUAGUCACAGUCAAGCAUUAGCUGUUAGGAUGUCCCCCAGGUAGCUGUUGUUCUUCCUAAUUUAAAAAUCAAAGCUUACUAGGGGACUGUCAGUUCUAGUGACACAAUUAGCCUAGCUAAUAAAUGAAGUCUUGUUUAUAUUAAAUAUACUCAUAAACCAGAAAUAUAAUAGUGCCUAAAAAUCGCCUGCUCUCUCAGUGUAGGAAGUAGUGGGGUUGACAUGUCAAUAAGCACAAUUAUGCUGAAAUGCUCGUUAGGCCCUUUCUGCACUCAUCCUAAUUUCUGCAGUCUGUAAAUAGAAAACAGGGGUGGGAUUUCAUUGUUUCAGCUUCUUGCCAACAUGAUGCCAGAGGCACCAAAACUCACCCAUCAUUACAUUGCUAAAAAGCACUUUGGGUGAAACACUGGCUCUGUUGAAAUAGUAAAACUCCCAUUGACUUCAGUGGAGCCACGAUUUCACCAUCCUAUUAACAUCUCAUCCCAGUCCAAUUCCUCAGCUCUGUUUCUGAGCCUAAUUAUUCCUCUCAGGGACAACUGAGGACUCACCAUUUCAGAGGAAUGGAAAACUCUCUGCUAAAUCUGUUUGAACAGAGACAGACAGAAAAGUUUGUCUAUUAACCCAAAACUAGAUGGAUAUUUUCCAAUCGUCAUAUGAGCAGACAGUUACAUUUCAUGUGCAUAAAUUAUAUAUCCAACAUAAUUAUACUAAAUGGGCAUGUUGUAUAUCUGAUGUAUAAUACUAAUUAGAUACAGAGUAUUUGUAAAUUCUUUCAAAAAUAGACUCAUGGGUCCAAAAGUUGUGAGGUGUUUUGUAUUUCAGUCUGUAUUUACAUUCUGUAGAAAUAAUUCAAACUAGGACAUACCUCUGUGCACUGGGAAGAAUCUCAGAGCUUUCAAAAGGCAGGUCAGCAUCCCAGACCAAGUCUGUGGCCAUGUUAAUAACCCUUCAACAGUUGCUCAAUAUGUCACACAUUCAGUUCCCAUCACAUGAGCACAGGUUUUCCCAACUGGCAGAAUGGAGCCCCCUGCCUGGAUAAGAUCAUGAAUGACUUCAGAUUUUAAAUACACGUCUUAAUAAUUGCUAAUUUAACUGGCCCAUCUCUCUGUCUCUCCCCCACAUACUCAGUAACUGCCCUUCCCAUCAUAUCCCAUAAAUGGCCCCUCCUCUCUUACCCUGUAACUAGGUGUCUUUGCCCCUCCCACACACUCCCCUUAAAUGGCCCCUCUCUGCCUCUCCCCCACAGACCCUCCCCCACUAGCCCCACAUACCCAGUAACUGCUGCUCCUCCUCAUAACCCUCAUACCCCAUAAAUGCCCCCUUCCCCCUAGUAUUCUGAGGCACUCUGGGUCCCAUGGUGCCAGGCUGGCAGUGGGAAGGUGUUCUCCUGGGGUAGGCUGUUAAAGGCAGACCCUAGUGAGGAACCUGUUCCCAUUUGACACUCAUCAUGCUGCAGUGCUCAAGGGCCCCGUUCUGGGCUGUGCUUGACCCAGUCUCUAGGUCCCGGGGCUCAGUACGUUGGGAAGGGAGUCAAGCUACGAGGAGUACAGGGCUUUGUUUGACAGAAACUGUGCUGGGAUGGAACAAAAGAGGGUCACCCUGGUCUAGGUGCCCGUAUUAUGUUCCCUCGGGGCUAAAACCUCUCUGGGCCAUGUGAUCAGAAUGAAUCCUCUCCCUGCUUGUAUAGCGUUCUGCCAUGGCCCCCACAGGGGACAGAGGAACAGCCUCUCUGAGCAGCUCCUGGCUCCUUUCGCUCCACUGUCGUUCCACUCCCACCUCCUCAGCCCAGUCCCAGCCCUUCAGAUGUGGACACUUCUCAGAAAGAAACCAAGCCCCUGCGCCUUCACUCUGAUUCCCCACAUCUUGAAGGGUGGGGCUAAUUCCAAACAGAAUGGAGCUGUUUGCAGCUGCUGCCAUCUUUGAUAGGGAGACGCUGAUCGCAGAGUCUGUGGAGCUCUGCGUUAUGGACCAGGAUGUAGGCGGUCUGGCCUAGUAGUCAGAGCAGAAGUCAGGACUAGUGAGUGGAGCAGGUAUGCAGGUUGGGGAAAUGAGACAAGAGUCAGCACCAGAAUCAAUGGCUAGUUACCAGAGCCAGAGAUUGAAGCUGAGAGUCAGAGCCAAGGUCAGAUUCCAAAUGCCAGAGCCAAGGGUCAAGCCAGUCAGAAGUCAGAGGCCAGGGAAGGAGCCAAGACUGUUAACUGAUGAUUGGAGGUGAGGCACAAGGGUAGGAACUGGAGGAAAGGCAAGGAUCAAGCACAGAGCAGACCACGGUGGGAAUGGGAGCGAAGGUGGCCAUGAGGCAGGAGCGGAGCAGGAAUAGGGUUGGGUGCAAGAGGCAGGCACAAGUAGGGGCCAAUGCAGCCACAACAGGAAAUCACCUUGCUGCUCAGACAAACUUCCUGUUCCUCCUCCUGCCUUAAAUAGCAUGAUUGGACCAAUCAGUGGAGCUGGGCAAUCCACCAAUCAGGGUGCCCAUGGUGGUGCCUUGGCUGAGGCUAUAUAGUCCUACUAGCUUCUUGGCCCACCAGGUUUUGGCAGACAUUGGGUAGAAGCCAGGAUACAGCAGCUGUCUGGGAAAUCCCAGGACUUGGUUCAAGACCCAGGACACCACACUCUGAUUCCCUUCUCACUCCAGUGUAAACCAAGAGCCAUUCCACUGUGAACAGAGUGUGAGAAGAGAUACAGGCCUGGUUUCCAGCAGUUUCGGGGGAAGAGCAGGGCUCAGUUUGGGAUGCUCAGGCACAGGGUUAGGACACUCAUCUCUCUUCUUCUAUGGCCACGCACAGCUCUCUGGGAUGGCUCUUUUCCCACAAACUCCAUUCUUUGCUUCCAUUUUCAGUUCAUGAGUUAAGGAGCUACUGGAGUAGGUGUAGCUACCAAACCUCUUUUCCUAAGUACUCUGCGCAGAUGCUGUGUUGUGCUCCAGACCAUUUGAUUGCAGAGCUUCACCUGUCCUGUUUCACAAAGGUUGCAGGCCCUCUGCCAGCCUGUCCUACUUGGGCAAUAAUCUUCCAAAGAAAUUCUGGCCCCUCUCUCCCUGUCUCUUUCACCCAUGCAGCUGGGUGAAGCUGAUGUAUCCCACAGGAGCAAUCAACAGACCCUUCAAUGCACACCCUCUUCAGGGAAGCAGUCGCCAUCAAAGUGAGGUUUGGCAGUUGCUCUUGAGAAUGCUUCUUGCACUGGAUGCUGCAUCUCUCUUCUGGACACCGCUCUGUUGUGUGACUUGCCUUGUGUGGCAUGAUAGGCAGGUAACUGGCACAGCAAUGAUCAGCACAAGCCACUGUGUUUGAUUGGAUUGAGUUCCUCCUUGUUCCUCUUUCUGAGGGCUUGUCACUCAGAGGAUGCCUGGCCUGGGGCUGGGAGUCAUGAUGAUGCUGGAGGACUAGUCCCAGCUUUGCCAGUGACUGGCAGGGCGACCUCGCUGUGCUUUGUUCAGCUCCCCUUUACCCAAAGGAGAAUAAUAAUAAUACUGGGGUGUGGUGGGGUUAAUUCACUAAUGUCUGUAAAGUGCAUUGAGAGCUGCCGAGUACACCGCAGAAGAGCAAAGUAUUAUAAUUAGUACUAGCAUUGUUAUUUGUUGGUUGGAAGAUCAUGUGCUACAUUACUGUGUCUGGGCUGCCAAGAGUCCACAUAUGGUCACCCUAUUCAGAGAGAGAGUGUGCUGGUUGGGGCAGCUUCACAGAAUAACCCGCUGGUUUACUUCUCUCCUUCCUGUAACCUGUCCAUUGUCUCUCUAGCCAGCUGCAGUCCCCAUGGCAGUUCUCACACAUCCUUCAACUUCCUUACUUCAUCCUGCCCAGGUCUGAGCCACCUUAUGACCCUCUCCUCAGGAGAAAAGCACCAUGUAGUCCAGAUUCCUCAGUACGGUAGAUCUGGCUUACACUGACUCUUCAGGGGGUGGGAUAGCUCAGUGGUUUGAGCAUUAGCCUGCUAAAGUCAGAGUUGUGAGUUCAAUCCUUGAGGGGGCCAUUUAGGGAACUGGGGUAAAAAACUGUCUAGGGAUUGGUCCUGCUUUGAGCAGGGGGUUAGACUAGAUGAUCUCCUGAGGUCCCUUCCGAUUCUAUGAUCUUCUGUCCUAGCUGUGGGUGGCCAUAAGCAGAGUGCCAAGUUCCCAAAAUACAUGGGGGGAGGAGAGAAGAGGAAGGUCCAGCACCAUAUGUCACAGGUUUAUAGCAUUGUCCUACAAGCUGGUAUUGACUUUGCAUGCCCCAGGCAGUGUUAUACAACAGUGGGUUCAUUGAGGAACCCCAGAAUUCAGACUGACCCUGUAGCAAUCUUAUCUCCUGAGAUCUACAGACACAGUCUUUGAAAUAUGGAAACUAUUUUUAAAGGAACCACAUAUCACAUAAAAACUUCAUCACAGCUGAUGGAAAUGUUAUCAGUUAUGUUUUAAAGGCAUCAAAUUGUGUUUUAAUGAAAAAUGACAAUAUUUUCCAAUGUUUUGAUGUUCCUUUUUUAAACGACACUCUGAUUCAGGGAUGUGGAGAAGCGUGAGGUGGGAAAUGGUUACCGAGAUACAAGAUGUCCUUUCCUUGCCCAGAGUUAAUUUCUACUUUCUGCUCUGCAUUCCUGACCACAUGCAAUGACAGGCCCAUGAAGCUAGGCUUGGCUUCGCAGCUGCAGAUAUAAUACCAUGUAUCAAAACAAUCCACAUCCGAAAUGUGCAACAUGAUGGGUUUUGGGCGCUGACUCUAUACAAGCAGAAUCAUCCCAGGGAAAAGGGGGAGAGUUCCCAGCAGUUGGGAAAAGUUCUUCAUAACAAACAAAGCUUCAUGAAACAGGGUAACAUUUAACUGUAAUGGAAGUAUAUGUUCUAAUUUGUGACUGAUUAGCCAUUUUCAGUUUAUGUAGCAGAGGACUAGCUCGUUUUAGCUUUAGUUUCAGAUUUAUUCUAUAGAGUUGGAAGGAGGAACUACACUGAAAGCUGGUUAAUAUAUGUAGAUUUCAUGUCCUGGGGAGGUAAAACUAUGGGAAAGUUUUGAAAAGUUGGAUUAAAUAUUUUCAUUAAAAAAGUGUUGUUAGCAAUAAUUGUGUCCGGCUGUUUCUUAGAAAAUAGCCACUUGUAUGUUGUUUUAUUCACAAGCUGAUCAUAAAGAUGUAAUUAGCAGGCUGUCUUUAGCUGGCUUAGGCUUACAACUGAGAUAUCCUUGUUAGUUCUAAGUCUGACUGGCUAAAAAAAAUAAAAUCUACAUUUGACCCGCUGAAAGCCCGUAGGCUAGAACGGAGAUGGAAUUAUUGUGUUCCAAUAUAUUUAUGUAAAUCUGAAAGUGAUCUACUAUCUCAAUAGUUAGAGAAAUGACAUUUUGUGUCUCUUUUGUGCUCUUCAUUAUGCGUGAAAAUUCUCACUGUCGGUGCCAUUCACGACAGCAGUGAAAUGUGAGAGCCAUGACAUUCUGAAGUUCUGCCCAUGUGCUUUGUAAUAGCUUCUUACAAUCUUCAUUCCGUAAAUCAGUUAGAAAUUUUGUAGCGAGAAUUUCUUGGCUCCAAGAAAGACAUUUCUUACUGUAAUAUUUUUAGUUUGGGGGACAAUAUUUCCUAAGAGGGGGUAGGUGGACAUUUUUGUGCUUUAGCCCAAUUUAUGGAUUCCGUGUUUAUUAUACAGUAGUCCUGAUGAGAAAGUACAUUUGUAUCUGUAACUUUGCACAGACUCUUGGUUAACCAUUAAAUAAGCUUCAAGAUGAGCAGUAUUUGACUGUUUCUCUGUAUUAUUCUUGUUGUUAUACUUACCAGUAAAAGCACAUUCUAUAUGUACUGUAAACAAAAAUAUUAUCAGUUUAGUAAAAUUUAGAGUCUUAAGGAUUUUUCCACUUUUGUCAGUAACAAAUAUUUAUGGAUUCCAAAAUAAAGCAAUU